CGGCUGGGACAACUUUUGUCAUCGUCCCAACUACUCUUGCUGGAAUUCCAGAGAGGGGGGCCUGGCAGCGUGACGUGUGACCCCGAGUCCGUGAGCUAUCCACGACGUUUUUCUUGGUUGCCGGUAGCACGUGACCGCUGCUGCGGAUUUUGCUGCUGCCCUGUGAUCCGUAACCGGUGUGUCUCGGGGAGAUUAUGGGUUUCUUUUUUUAUUGACACCUCCAAAGUGUUUUGGGAUUUAUUCAACCCCACGCACGUCUGUGACAUGGGCCGGUGGCUUUUCAUCUUCUCGCUGUUAUGAGAAUGCCGCAAAGGUUAGGGCGCUACCUCGACUAAGUUCGUGUUGGUCUCAAAUAGAACGAGGGGAAGAGAAAAAAAUAGCCCCAUCUCCUUUCCGUCCGCUUGUUGGAUUCUCCGUUGACAAUAAUGGCGAGGCAGAAUUUACUGUGCAUCGCCGUCCUGUUGCUGGGAUGUGCUGCUCCGCUGGCAUCUGCACAGUGGGAUUGGUUUUUCCGUGGCAAGAAGACGACCACAACGCUGGCCCCGUUCGUGUCCACCGCUCCGGCUGCGAUCUCCACCGCUCAGGCUGCGAUCUCCACCGCUCAGACGCAGUCGUCGUCCUCAGCCCAGGUCGGCGUGGGAACCACCUUGGCGACCUUGACCUCUGGUCCUUCGCUCGCCCCUGCCACCUCCUCCGCAAGCAGGAGCCUGCAGAAAUCGAGCGUCGCCACAGAGGCUCCUCCAAAGCCACCCACGGCUGCGACGGAAACCCUCGCCACCCCUCAGGGGCAGGGCGGGACCCCAACCUUGGGGACAGAGGCCCACAGCAGCGAGCCCAGCGGUGCGGGCCCAACCACCACCCCACCGCCCACUCACUGGCUCACUGCUAACGCAAGUACAGACGACGCUUCUUCGGCCCACGGGAUCGACCUCCUGAGGCUGAUUGGAGACCCAACGCCCAAGUCGGUGUCCGUAGUCGCCGGGCAGGAUGAUCGCUCGGCCUUCUACUUCCACCGCGGAGCCGAAGUGGCCAAGCGAUUCCAGGGCUUCUUCACCAAGCCUCUGCCCGCAGACUUCUCCAUCUUGGUCACCAUCACCCCCGCCACCAGCCAGGGCGGCUUCAUCUUCUCGGUGAUGGACGCCCUGAAGCAGACGGUCUACCUCGGCGUGAGCGUGUCUCCUGAGCGCCAAGAGCUGCAGCUGCACCUCACCUCGUCGCAGGAGCGCCGCACGACUCCCGUGGCCACAUUCCGGCUGCCUGCGCCCGCGAAGCAGCUGACGCGCUUCGCCCUGCGCAUCCGCGGCACCGAGGCCUCGCUCCUCGACUGCGAGGCCGAAGCCUCCGAGCAGAAGGCGACGCUGGAGCGGCCGCCGGGGGAGCUGCGAUUCCCGCAGGGAGGAGGGUUCUUCUUCGUGCGGGGACGAAACGAGCAGCCGCGAUACGAGGGAGUCAUCAACGACCUGAGGAUCAGCACGGAGCCAUCGGCGGCCAGGCAGCACUGCGAGGAUGACGACGUGCUGGAAGCCUCUGGGGGUGACCAGAGCGGAGAUGGCGACAUCGAUGGGGACACGCCCCCCCUGCCUGCACCGUCCAUCGACAGCCCAACGCCAACCGCGCCCACGGUGCCCAAGGUCACACUGCUGGAGGAACCAGGAGAGAAGGAGGACUCCGAGGUGCCUCCCGGGCAGGGCCACAUGGCCCCGAGCACCCCACACUACACGGACGAGGUGGAGAUGAAUCAAGUGGCGGGCGUUGAGAGCGGCCCGCCCGGCGUGCCAGUGCCCAGACAACCUCUCACCCCCAGCGCCCACGAGACCUCUGCCAAGCCAGCCGAAGGUGAGGAUGCUGAUCAAGGAUCUGGCGUCGGGGAGCUUCCGGACACAGAGCUUUGCACGCUGUUACCGGACAAGGGCCCUUGCAAGAGCCGGUUGCAGCGCUGGUUCUACAACCCCAAGAAGCACGGCUGCGAACAGUUUGAAUACGGCGGGUGCCUCGGGAAUCAGAACAACUUCGUCGCCAUCCUGGAGUGCCUCAAGCGCUGCACAUCGGUGCCAGGAGUUGCUGCGGAGAGGCCCAGAGUGGAGCCGACGACGCCGGCGGGGGGCGAGACGGCGGCAGCGGGGCCGGGAGACGACGAGGAGCGGCCCCCUGUCAAGACCGAAGCAGCGCGGGUGGAGGGCGCGAGCGACGGGCGAGUGGGCCUCACCGGCCCGAAGGGGGACAAGGGAGAUCCAGGGCCUCCUGGACCCCGCGGGCCCCCUGGCCCGCCAGGCCCUCCCAGCCCCACCGCGAGUGUACGCGUCGACGCAGCGGCCGCCAAACCCGGGCUGCCGGGACCUGUUGGACCCGUGGGACCGCCCGGCCUGCCCGGGCCCGUCGGCAAGCCCGGCAUUGCGGGGAAAGGUGGCGCUAAAGGAGACCGAGGGUCACGAGGAUUCCCCGGGGUGCAGGGAGAGUUGGGAGCGAAGGGGGACAAGGGCGACGCUGCUGUGGGCCUUCCGGGACCGCCAGGUCCACCCGGACCGCCUGGGCCCCCCUCAUCGAGGCACAGCGAAAAGGCGGAAGGCUCUGGAGAUGACGAGAAUGAUGAUGAAGAUGACAUUGCUGACGGCACCACCAGCGGCCGCUCGCGUGUGCCUGGGCCCCCGGGCCCCCCCGGUCCUCCUGGGCCCCCAGGCCUCCCAGGGAUUCCCGGGCAGCCAGGAAGCGCGGGAGAGGGAGGCCAAGCACAGGGAGGCAGCGGCGAGGCGGGUUCUUCAGGCAUCCCAGGCCGAAUGGGCCUCCCAGGAUCCGAUGGGCCUCCUGGUCAGAAGGGUGACAGGGGACAGAUGGGCGUGUAUGGACUCCCUGGGUUGCAGCAUCCGUCGGCACCACAGGGAGAGAAGGGAGACGCGGGCCCAGCAGGGCCUCAGGGCCCGCAGGGCCCACAGGGAAUCUCCGGCCUCACCGGGCCACCCGGGCCCCCGGGGCCCCCUGGCCCACCCUCAUCUGCCAACAGAUUCAACUCUGACUUCAGCGACAUGGAGGGCUCGGCUUUCGGCGACGGGGAGCCGGGCACUGUUGGCAAACCUGGGCCCAAGGGCAUGACAGGAGACCCGGGUGCAGACGGAACGCCAGGACUGCCGGGACCUCCGGGGCCUCCAGGCUCCGUCGGACUCGCAGGCCACCCCGGGCCCCAGGGCCCGACGGGUGCCAAGGGCGAGAUGGGUCUGCAGGGGCGACCGGGCGUGGACGGCGUCGGCAUUCAGGGACCGCCCGGCCUACCCGGUCCACCUGGGCCUCCUUCCUUCUUCCAUGGACCAACCUACGAUGUGGAGUCAGGGGGUGUGGCAGGCCAAGCAGGACAGCCAGGGCCCCCAGGCCCCAUGGGACCCCCAGGACUCCAGGGGCCUCCGGGAAUGGUGGGACUGGCUGGACACCCAGGGCUGCCUGGACCCCGCGGGGAGAAGGGCGCCUCGGGCAUUCAGGGACCCACGGGGAUGAAGGGUGAGAGGGGGGAACCCGGAGUCAUCAUUGCUGCAGAUGGCUCCCAUCUGGCGAGCAUGGCAGGGCCCCAGGGACCCAAGGGUGACAAGGGCGAUGCCGGCUCUCCUGGAUUGAUGGGUCCGGCGGGUCACGCCGGAGUCAAGGGGGAGUACGGCAUGCCGGGGCGGCCCGGUCGGCCGGGAGUUAACGGCUUCAAAGGUCAGAAGGGCGAAUCUGGAGGAGGUGUUGGCCUGGGCAAUAGCUUCCCCGGCCCUCCCGGACCUCCCGGCCCGCCUGGCCCCCCGGGCCAGCCGGGGUUCCCCGUGGACGUCAACAACAGAGUGGACCACUUCCAGCCGGGGGUGCAUUCAAAUUUCGGGCUGAAGGGCGAGAAGGGCUCCAUGGGCUACCCAGGACACCACGGCUCCAACGGGGAGAAGGGAGACCCGGGGCCUCCAGGGCCGCCCGGAUCCAUCACGAACAUAGCACAGCUUGCCGGGAUCAAGGGGGAGCGCGGCGAGCCCGGCAUGAAGGGCGAGCCUGGCACGGUGGUCUACGGGGACUUCCCUCACGGGAUUCCCAGCGUCCCCGGACUCCCAGGGCCCCCAGGCAUCCCAGGACGGCCGGGCCUCGUGGGCCCCAAAGGAGACUCGGUGGUGGGUCCGAGUGGCCCCCCGGGCAGCGCUGGCCCCCCUGGAUCUCCGGGAUACGGCUACGAGGGGCCCCAGGGCAGGCCAGGCCCCCCUGGGCCUCCAGGGCCCCCCGGCGGUCAAGGGCACACCUCGCCAGGAGGCUCCGGUCCCAGCUACGUCCUCCAGGGAGCGGUGGGGCCCCCCGGGCCACCGGGACCCCCCGGCUCCUCCAGCGGGGUGACGAUGACGAACUCCGUGGAGGCCAUGCUGCAGACGUCGCGGGCCACGCCGGAGGGCGCGCUGGUGUACGUGCGCGAGACGGGAGACGUCUACAUCCGGGUGCCCGGGGCGUGGAGGAAGUUACAACUUGGAGACACCAUUGCCAUCCCUGGCAGCAACACCCACGCUCUUCUGCCCCCGAGUGAGGUGGUGCAACUGAACCCCCAGCCAGCGUGGCCUCCCCGGGCACCCAGAUACCACAAUGGACACAUGCUCCACCUGGUGGCGCUCAACAGGCCAAUGACGGGUGACAUGCACGGCAUCCGAGGCGCAGACAUCCUGUGCUUCCAGCAGGCGCACGCGGCCGGCCUGCAGGGCACCUACCGGGCCUUCCUCACCUCCCACGACCAGGACCUGGCGGCGGUCGUGCGCAGGGCCGACCGCGACAGCGUGCCCAUCGUGAACCUCGUGGGACAGAAGCUGUUCCAGAGCUGGGAGAGCCUGUUCGACGGCUCCAAUGGCAACUUCGACACCAGCAUUCCCAUCUACUCCUUCGAUGGGACCAACGUGCUGAGCGACCCUCGAUGGCCACAGAAGAUGCUGUGGCACGGAUCGGACAGCAGCGGCAAGCGGCUCAUGACGAGCCACUGCUCAUCGUGGCGCGUGGGCGACACGUCGGGCGGCCCCGUGGGCCAGGCCUCGCCGCUGCAGCAGGGCCGCCUGCUGGAGCAGCAGGCGUACAACUGCAACAGCCCCUUCGUGGUGCUGUGCAUCGAGAACAGCUCCGUGCAGCACGCGCGCCGGCGCCGCUAGCCACGGGGGAACCGGGCCCGGCACCGCGCCCGUGCCGCUUACUCAGCUCCAGCCAUACCCCCCCCCCCCACCUUCCCCGAGUGCCCCCAGGGCCCCCCCCCCCUCCCCCCCGGUUUCCGUGCUCCGGCGCGAGGAACGGCCGAGUCUAAACGCGCGUGGCCGUUCUGACGCUGCUCGUGUGAAACCUGCUGCAUCGUAUCGGAGUGAUUGCCUUCUGCUUAAGUGAGUGAGGAGUUUUAUAUUUAAAAGGAGUAACCUGGGCCCAGCCAAGGCACCGUCAGUGUGGCAUGUGGAUGGGUUUCGGUUACUGUGCCUUUAGUUCUCAGUAGACGAGAGUAAUUCUCUCCCGACUCUCGCCACCAGCGAUUCGGAAGCGUCGGAAAGGUUCCAGCUGGGUGCAACAUCUCGUCCACGAACGGCCCCUUGGGAUUAUAGUAAGCGGCGUUCCACGUUCACAACUUUCACCGGCGAAACAUAGCGUCCGUUCGGGUCGCAGUGGCCUCCCAAGUGCUUGUUUUUUUAUCUCACGGGUGCUUUCUUUUUACAAGCGUCGAACAUCAUCGACUCUCGCUCCUGGGUCCUUUUUUGUAUUGUUGUAGCAAUGCAGCAACGCCUGUUAAUCAGAACAACAGAUGCCCGUCAAACUGGGCUUUUGUUUUUGUCUCUCUCGUGCCGGAACGACGCAGGCAAAACGCUCGCUCCGACGCUUCACCACGUUUAGUUCGAAGCGUACUUCACCCGCCACGAUCGGCUCGUCCAACGGCGCUUCAGUUACAACCACGCAAUGGCUCACGAGCGAGCUAGCGCUCGGGAUCGACACACAAAGCAGGGGGCUGCAAGGGAGCAGUAGGCAAGGAGGGGGGGGGGGAGAUGAUGACGACGCACCCUGGGGUAAGCGACGUGCAUUCGAGUGACGGGUGGAGGAGUGAAGACCGGCUGACCGGCGUUGCGCAACGGAGUCCGCCAAGGUUGUUUUAAGGGUGGCCGCCAGGGAGUGCCACGCGAAUUCUGAGCCCACCGAGGGGUCGGUUCGGAACGUUGGGCGGCCGUGUUGAGGGGCGGGGCUGGAAGUCGCCCCCCCCCCCGCUACCACCUCCCCCCCCCCCCCUCCACUGAGUCUCGCCCAUCGCUCACAAUGGGGGCUUCUACUGUAACGAUAAGCUUCAUCGGCAAUGUUAACCCGUUUUCAAUUAAAACAACAAACCUUUAAUGUGUGCACUAAGUAACUAUGCAGUUUGUAUCCACUAUGUCGCUGUUUGGUAGUAGUAGUAGUAGUGAAAGCGGGCAGAUUCUGCUGUACCAUUUCACUCAUUUGUAAUAAUAACCGACGUUUAAACCAUGGCUCUUUUGCGGGCAAACUCUUCUCAAAAGUAAACGCGGGAGAUAAGCACAAUGACUAGAACGUCAACGGCCCUCUCUCUCUCUCCCUCGACGAACUCUCGGCUCAAGAGGUCACGGCAACUGACCCUCAAUGAGGCGUCCUAAGUCUCCGUGAGCGUUGAAGCAAAGCCUCUAAAGUCUAAACGGACGCUUGCCUCGUACAAUAAUAAUGAAUCAGCCUUGGGGUGACACCGCACAUGGCCUCCAGCGCACAUAAAAGGGGGCGCACAAUGAUGGCCCAUCGUGUGGUUGAAACGCUUUGACCGCGUCAACGAGAGAGAGAGAGAGCUGCUAACUCGGCACGCGGUGCCUGCCGAGUGGUGCUUGGUGCCACGUAGUUCGACAACGUUUUACCGUGCUCCUGUUGACAGAAUGACCCCCCUCUCUCUCUCUCUCUAGAGCUCUACGGUAUAUACAAACAUUGUUCUUUGUUAAUCUUGUAAUGGCCAUGUAUGCUUCGAGCUAUUGAAAGCUGCUGCCGCUUUUUUUUUUACAAAGCAUGCAAUGUCUUGACUCUGGAGCUUGUUACAAUAAUCUUUGCGACAGUGCCGAGUGGCCGUGUCGAGACACGUAGCAGUGCCUCGCCGCUCUCUCCCUUCGCAGUGUUACCGUCCAAGCCCCCUUUUGCGCUCGGGCAGGUGGUGGCAUCAGCCCACAUCAGCAGCAGCGGUCGCGGCGUGCUCGCAUGCAGAUGGGGGGGGGGGGGGUGGUGGUGGUGGUGUCGUCCUUGGCAGCGGCAGCAGCAAUAGCAGCGAACGCACAACUUCCCAGCAUGGCACGAGCGCACGUGUGCCACACACGGGAGCAGGAAGAGGGAGGCCCAUCACCGCCGAUGGGUGUCGACGCACUCUCUCGUGGUUUUUUUUCACCAUCGCGUGAGCCACUAAAAAUGCGCCCUCUUCCCUGCUAAGGAGGUGGCAUCGAGUUUUUUUGGCGCAGCGCGUUAACCUUGCUUUGAACUUAGUAAGUCAGUGUUGUUCGUGUCAAUCCAUUGUGGACACGUUCUGCAGAGUGCGGACGUUUGGUCAACACAGCCCUGCUUUGCGAAAGCUUCGUUUGUUUUUUUUUUGUGCAUUGGAGCAUUUUCUGAUGAAGUAUUUAAAGGAAAUGCGCACACAUUGUCAGAAUGAUUUGUAAUGAAUGAAAUGUCAAGGCUUCCUGUAUGCCAAAGAUGCCAUAGCCUUGCAUGGCCAUAGCCGUUAGCGUCUCAGCUGCUGCAGUGAAUCUCCUACAAACUGGGUAGUGAAUUGACCAGAGAUGACGUUUUUAAGUAAAUUUCAAUAAAAUGUAGGUCAUUUCUCACUUAUAUAAACAUGCAUAUAUCACGAACAGUUUUGAAUACUUUUAUAAAGCUAAUUAAUGAAUCAUGUUUUUAGAGAUAAUAAUUUUAACCACUUUUUCUAAAAUCAAAGGGUAGAGUAUGUUAUACGGGCUCUUUCCAUGGAUAUGUAGACAUUACAUCUGGUUGUCGGUAACAUAGAUGUUUUUUUUCCACGUAGGGGGAGCUAAUGUGGAGGCAGACCAACUGUCACUGCUGAUAGAAGGGCCGCCCACAUCGGUGUUGUGCACGGGAAUAUAUAUUUCUGAUAUCAUGACGCAUUUGAUCGUUAGGCACGAUCAUGCUUUUAUGGAAAAAAACCUGGCCACAAUAAUUUAAUCUGAGACUCAAGUAAUUUUUCACUUUUAAUUGAAGUUCAUAUUUCAUGCGAUUAUUUUUAUUCACAUUAAGUUUCUCCCUUUAAAUAUUCGUGUAAACGUAAGUAUUCACAUUCAGCAGGGGAUUGAUCAUGGCUGGUGGCGAUGAUGUUGAUAAACUCUGGUAGUAGCUUGGGCUGUGGGAGAUCUGUGUCUCCCAUGGAGCAACACUGACCCAACACUGGCCCAAUACUGGCAACCAGAGACGAACCUGGGCUUCCCACCUCAGUGCACGUGGCGUUUACAUGUUGCCUAAAAGCGUCAUCUGUCACUCAGGACAAACGCCACUUUUGAUCAAACCCACUUUUAAACGUCCGGUUACCUAGCGUACGUUUUUGUGGCUUUUCAUUUAAUAUGACUGUCUCAUGAAAUGGUAAUUUUAGAGUCGGAUUGAUCAACCUGAAAAGGCAUGGGCAUUUAUCAGCAGUGACUUGAUCUCACGAAAGUGACAACCGACUUCAUGGAAAAGCCUGUGGGUGCGAGUUAAUUGGGUCACAUGGACCUCUUAGGAUUAAUCAACUUAAAUCGCGAGCGUGUAGGUCGUAGUGAAAUUGGUAAGGCAAUAUUACGUUGACAUCUAACUUAUUGACAUGGCGGUUCUGAAUUAAUGCAUGGAAAUUGGUCAAAUGUACUUUUUAUAUUGAGCAUAAAAAUUUAUUCCAAGCAAUGCCUCAACGUAGGUGGAUGCAUAACAAUGCAGAAGCAUCACAUACAUACGUGCAUUUUAAAGGUUUUCUGAGGCUUACAGCUGAGGGUUUUAUUUAUUCAGAUGUAUCGCUUGAAAAAUUAAUUGCCCAUUAAGUGUUAUAUUUUUGUAUUUUGCUGCUUAUUUCAAGUAGACUCUUUAAGGUUGUUUUUUUUUUCCCUGUGUAAGUGAAUGGUGCUACUAUUGCCUGCUUCGCAACAUUAGGAAUUGGAACGCAGCCACAAUGAAAGCGUUGCCAUUGUGCAGCAGUCGUGCUGCCUCAUGCAGGUCAGAUGUCACGUCAAUUUUUUUUUGUUGUUGUUGAAAUCCUUCGCUCAUGUACCUGUUCCUUUAACGUCGCACAGUAAACCAUAAACACCA